AUGUUAAAAGAUCUUGAAGACCAUAUUUCGAGUGCAGGACUUGCAGACAUGAUGGCAGCUGUCGACGUAAUUACUCAGGACUCGGAAAAAUAUGUCGAGAGAUUAUUAGAACAGUUUCGUAGAUUUUCAAAACUAGUUAAAGAAGCUUUUGACGAUGACCCACGCUUUUUGACAGCUAGAGAUAAAGCUUACAAGCUGGUUGUAAACGAUGCGACGGUGUUCAGACUAGAAUUGCCGUCAAAGCAGCCCCCAGGAGCGACUACCGUUGUUGUAAACAGCAAACCCAAUAAUAAUAACAGCGGGCUGCCGGAGUCAAAGUGUCCAGAGUUGUUGGCUAAUUACUGUGAUAUGUUACUUAGAAAAACUCCACUUAGUAAAAAGCUCACGUCUGAUGAAAUUGAAAGUAAACUACGUGAUGUGCUACUAGUGUUGAAGUAUGUUCAAAACAAAGACGUAUUUAUGCGGUAUCACAAAGCACAUUUAACGCGCAGAUUAAUUCUCGACACAUCAGCGGAUUCUGAAAAGGAAGAAAACAUGGUUGAGUGGCUGCGAGAAGUUGGAAUGCCUGCAGAUUAUGUUAACAAAUUAGCGAGAAUGUUCCAGGAUAUAAAGGUGUCUCAGGAUCUUAAUCAGCAGUUUAAAGAGCAGUGUCGUGCAGCUAUUGCUGACAGUAUAAAUAUUAAAAUAUUAAAUGCUGGCGCGUGGGCGAGAGGCAGCGAAAGAGUUACCGUCAGCUUGCCAUUACAAUUAGAAGAUUAUAUUCCAGAGUUAACAUUUUCAAAUGAAGUCGGACGUUUUGAUGUUGACGUUACGACAUUUCAAAUGGCCGUCCUUUUUGCCUGGAACCAACGUCCAAGGGAUAAAGUAUCUUAUGAAAAUCUUCAACUAGCAACAGAGUUACCUGAUCCAGAGUUAAGACGGACAUUGUGGUCACUUUGCGCUUUUCCGAAAUUAAAAAGGCAAUUAGUGUUAGUUGACCCGCCAGCUUGCAGCCCUAAAGAUUUUUCUCAUAAUUCUAAAUUUUGGGUUAAUCAGGAAUUUGCUAUCAUAAAAAAUGGUAAGCUUCAAAAAAGAGGAAGAAUAAAUUUAAUUGGAAGAUUACAAUUGUCUACCGAACGAAGUAAAGAAGAAGAUAAUCAAUGUAUUGUUCAACUUAGGAUAUUACGAGUUCAGGAAGCUAUAAUUAAAAUUCUGAAGAUGAGGAAAAAAAUAACAAACGCUCAGUUACAAACAGAAUUAGUAGAUAUUCUAAAAAAUAUGUUUUUGCCGAGUAAAAAAAUGAUUAAAGAACAAAUCGAAUGGCUUAUCGAGCAUAAGUAUAUCAAGAGACACGAAGACGAUAUCAACACAUUCGUGUACAUGGCAUAA